GCUCAGUUUGUAAUUCGUAAUUAAAUGGGCGUGAAGGAAUUAUGGAGCAUUUUAACACCUUAUGCAGAUCGCAAACCAAUAUGCGAACUACGCGGCAAGAAGGUUGCCAUAGAUCUGGCUGGAUGGGUGUGCGAAAGUCUUAAUGUAGUUGAUUAUUUUGUGCAUCCGCGGCAUCAUUUAAAGAAUCUCUUCUUUCGUACGUGUUACCUUAUUUGGGAACAGGUAACGCCCGUAUUUGUAUUGGAAGGAGUCGCGCCCAAGCUUAAGAGUCAGGUAAUAGCUAAACGCAAUGAGCUGCAAUUUCGUGGUGCGCGACCCAAGGAUAAGGACAAAGAUGCAGCGAUGCCCACACAAGCGGUAGCCAAAAACGACAAAGGACGCACUCGUUUUAACCAUGUACUCAAACAGUGCGAGAAUCUACUGCUGUCUAUGGGCAUACAAUGCGUUCAGGGUCCGGGAGAAGCUGAAGCGUAUUGUGCAUUUCUUAACAAGCAUGGCUUAGUGGAUGGUGUUAUAAGCCAGGACUCCGACUGCUUUGCGUACGGUGCGGUGCGUGUCUACCGAAACUUCUCCGUGUCCACUCAGGGCGCUCAAGCUGCAGCUGGUGGCGCAGUAGAUAUUUAUGAUAUGCAAGAGAUUUGCAAUCACAUGGAUUUCGGGCAGAAUAAAGUUAUUGUCAUGGCCUUGCUUUGCGGCUGCGAUUAUUGCCCCGAUGGCAUAGGCGGCAUAGGAAAGGAUGGCGUACUUAAGCUCUUUAACAAGUACAAAGAAUCCGAUAUAUUGGAUAAAUUACGCAAUUGGCGUUCCGAGACUGAUAAAUAUAAUGCACUGGAGUUGCGCGUGGACGACAAAUCCAUUUGUAGCAAUUGCGGUCAUAUUGGACGCACACAAAGCCAUACAAAAAGCGGAUGCGGCGUCUGUCGCACACAUCGCGGCUGUGAUGAAACCCUAUGGAAAGAACAACGGCUGUCUAUCAAGGCGGAACUGACAUUGCGUAAAAAGGCUCUGCUGGAUGUAGACUUUCCUAAUGAAGAGAUCAUAUCGGAAUUCCUUACUGAGCCCGCAAAACUUCCCAAUUUGGUGCUGGACUGGCGGCAGCCCAAUAUCGUGAAAUUUAUCAAACAGAUUGGACAUCUUUUGCAGUGGCCAGAAAUCUACUGCUUUCAAAAGUUUUUUCCUUUGCUCACUCGCUGGCAAGUGCAGCAGCCAAAGGAAGCCCUUGCACUGGUCCAGCCGCAGGAGAUUAUCAAGAAGCGCACAGUGAAGGGAAUCGCCAGUCUUGAGUUGCGUUGGGAGGACACUAGUGGCUGCUUCAAAGGACUUAUACCGCAUGAUCAAAUUGAAGAAUUCAAACUGGAUCAUCCAAAGGGCAUGGAGGAACUUUACUACACUGUUGAGCCAUUGGACAUGUUGCAGGCUACCUAUCCAGAUAUGGUAGCUGCCUUUAUCAAAUCCAAGGAGAAGCCACCCAAAAAGACAGCAACGCGUAAGAAGAAAGUUAAUUCAGAUCCGCCGCUCAGUGCACUUGAGAAUCUGUCGGAUUUGGCAGCCACAACAGCAGAGAUUAUCACAAAACCCAAGCGUGGAAAAAAGAAGAUGACUACUAAUCCAACAGCGAAUGGGCAAAAAACAAUGCAGCACUUCCUCAAACAGAAAGAGAAUACACCUAUUAAGUCCUCUCGUCAGCUGGCGAACCAAUGCUCCACGCCUCUUAACAAGCACUUGCCCUCUGAUUUGGAGAGCGACGCCGAAUUUGAUAUGUCCGACAUUAUCAAUGGUAUUGUUUCCAAUCCGCAAGCAGUGCCUGCUGUGACCAAGCACGACGGAUACCAGCUCCACUAUGAACCGUUAGCGGAGGAUUUAAGCCUUCGUUUAGCGCAACUGAGCUUGGACAAGCAUGAUGUGUCACACCAACAAAGCUUACUGAUAGAUGAUGUAGACUUGCUAGUUCAAAAGCGCCGCGAUAUCUCCAUGAGGACUGAGAGUAUGCCAUCUGCCAAGCGCUACUCAUUAGAUGACAGCUUUGAUCUGUUGGUCAAGGGCGAUCUAAAGAAAGUGCCACACCUGGUCAAGACACCCGUGGAACGUUUCAAGCAGCAGCAUCGCCUGUCCACUGCGAACAAGUCCAAGCAACUGCCGUCUAUCAAGCCAACAGCAAAUGUCAGUUACUUCUUUAAUCAAAGUGUUGAAGGUGCCGAUGCUUUCGAGCAGUUGAUGGAGUCAAGUUUGAAGGACUCGGAAGAGGAUUUGGUGGUAAUCAGUGACAGCGAUUAAGUUUUUCACUUUAUGUACAUCUAAUAGUCUGCAAUAUAUUCUCGCUAACAA